AUGGUCAUGUCUAAUGAUCUUUUUAAGAAUGCGAGUCUCAUCCUGCUCAGUCUACUUUUCCUUCCCCUCACCACUGGCAUUACCAUAUGGGCGAGUGUAGUCGGCUGGGCUUUCAAACGCAAUGCCAUUCGACCUGAAACGCCAAGGCGCAAUGUACUGGUUACGGGAGUGGGCAUGAGCAAAGGAUUGGUCUUAGCAAGAGCGUUUCACCUGGCUGGACAUAAUGUCAUAGGUGCCGACUUCGAGCCUAGUGGCGCCCUGUCGAUGGGCCGAGCAUCCAAAGCAAUCAGCCGCUUCUAUCGCCUACGAAGUGUCACCAGUCGAGACUCGUCUACCGUCUACGUUCAAGAUCUGAUGAAGAUCAUCGUGACGGAGAAGAUCGAUCUGUGGGUGAGUUGCUCAGGCGUUGCUUCAGCAGUCGAAGAUGGCGAAGCCAAAGAGAUCAUCGAAAAAAGAACAGCUUGCAGAGCCGUCCAGUUCGACAUCGAGACCACGCAAACGUUACACGAAAAGCACACUUUCAUCAAACAUGCUGGGAAGUGCGGGUUGAUCAUACCGGCUACGCACACCAUCACUUCCACUGAAGCUGCGGCGCGAAUCCUUCGAAAUGCACCACCUGAUCGUAAAUACAUCAUGAAGACUAUCGGUGUCGUCGACGCGGCACGAGCAGACAUGACGUUACUCCCGAAAGCCACAGACGAGGAAACCUCAAGGCACCUGCAACGACUUACCAUUACCAAAGAAUGUCCCUGGAUUCUACAGCAGUACAUCAAGGGCGAGGAGUUCUGCACUCAUGCUGUGGUAAUCAGAGGUCAGGUCAAAGCCUUUGUCGCUUGUCCGUCGGCCGAAUUGCUCAUGCACUACGAGAUGCUGCCGGCCACGUCACCUCUGUCGAUGGCAAUGCUUGCUUUCACUCAGCGUAUGGCUAAAGUAGGCGGCGCCAACUUUACCGGACACUUGUCAUUCGAUUUCAUGGUCGAGGAGGAGGAACUGACGUCGAGACAGCCGAGGCUGUAUCCAAUCGAAUGCAAUCCCCGUGCGCAUACUGCGGUGGUGUUAUUUGCUGGUACACAGACAAUGGUGGAUAGCUACAUGUCCUUCCUGGACGGCGAUACAGCUUCGAGUCUGGUCACGCCUGCUCAGCUGGGUGGGUACAAGUACUACUGGAUCGGUCAUGAUCUGUUCACGAAAGUCCUCCGACCAACCUUGGCAUUAGUGUCUCUGCAAGCAACCCUGAGAGAGACGCUAUCGCAAUAUCUGUCCUUCGUCAACCACAUUCUAUUCUGGUAUGAUGGGACUUUCGCGAUGUGGGAUCCUUGGCCGUGGUGGUGGCUCUAUCAUGUAUAUUGGCCACUGCGGCUGUGGAGCUAUGUGCGAUCUGGGAAGAGAUGGAGCCGGAUCAAUGUUAGUACGACGAAGGUCUUCGAGUGUUAA